AACCUUCCCCCCUGCUUCUGUCUGCUGGCAAAAAGCAGCGGGGAAGAGGAGGGGAAACAUAAAUAUACGCUCAGAGAAUCUGUGAGUUCAGAGCCUCCUCUCACUUGACUCUUUCCUCGUCAGGAAGCUAAGUAAAGGGAAGAAAGGAAGAGCUGUAGCUAGCACUGAGGGAUAGCUGAUGGCCUGUAGGUGCCACUAGAAUCCCUUCCACUGGAGGAUAUCACAGGGUGAACACCACAAUCGGUUCAGUACUGCUCCGUGAUGUCCUGCCCUGCACCAUGGAAUGGUGAACCCUUCUACUGGCCAAAAAAAGAAUGAGUCACCCCUGGAAUGGAAGCAUGAUGAAUCAUCACCUCUUCAGGUUCCCUUCAUGGAUUCCAGCAGGAAAGUGGAUUUGAAGAUAAUUAUCAUAGGAUCACUGGGCGUGGGGAAAACCUCCCUCCUGCACCAGUUUGUGCACAAGACAUUCUAUGAAGAUUAUCGGACUACCCUGGGAGCCAGCAUCCUCUCCAAGCACAUCACGGUGGACAACAACCCUCUCAAGCUGCAGAUCUGGGACACGGGGGGGCAGGAACGGUUCCGGUCCAUGGUGUCAACGUUCUACAAGGGCUCGGACGGCUGCAUGCUGGCCUUCGACGUCACAGACCGGGACUCCUUUGAGUCCUUGGAUGACUGGAGAGAGGACUUCCUGGAGAAGAUUAUCCCCACAGAGCAGGACUUCCCCAUGGUGGUGCUGGGAAAUAAAAUCGACUUAAAGGAACGGCAGGUGCCCAAGGAGACAGCCUCGUCCUGGUGCAAAGAAAAGGACAUCCCGUAUUUCGAAGUCAGUGCCAAGAACGAUAUCAACGUAGUACAGGCCUUUGAGACGCUCGCAAGGCAGGCCCUGUCGAGGUACCAAGGGAUUCUCGAAAACUACCUAACAGACUCCAUCAAGCUCACUCCUGAUGACCAGCCCAAGAAGAAAUGCUGCUGAAUGGGACAUUUGGGGACUGCUGACAUGCCUCUGAGUCCUCACUCAGCACUGAAAUCGCUGACCCGAGCCCAUUCACUUCUGUUUUUGUGUUCAGCCAUGGGGGAUGACCACAGCAAUCCGGUUUCACAUUUCACAGCCAACCUAGCAACUCAUGACAUGUAGAGAGCAUCCAUGUUCCCUGUGAGCAGGGCACUUGUGCGGCCGCUCAGGAGAGAUUCAGAUGCUGCCCAGCUGAUUAGUAGAGCACCCACAACUGGGUUUUGUGUUUCAACGGAUGGUGCACAUUUUCACAGGUGCACAUACAAAAUUAUUCUGCACAUGGAUGAAAGAGAUAAGAGGGAACAUUGCUGAGCACACUGAGAAGACGAGCCUUUUCUCUACGUGCUUAGAUUGGACCAAUCCAGCCAGAUCACAUCGGGCUGCUCCUGUGUAUUGGGGCCCCUACUGCUUCAUUAACCUGCUAAACCCCCCUCUAAAUCUGGCUCUGCUCAAAGCCUAGUAGAGGUAACCCAGCUGCCUCCUCAGGGUGCUGGCUGGCUCAGUGACCUCCCUCACCUGCUAUCUCUCUGCUCCAGUUACACCUGUUGACACUCAAGCAGGUCACCGUGGCUCACCCUCUGGCACCUGCACAUGCCUGAACUGACAGUGCUGAGCUAGGCAGGGCUGUGUGGUCAGUGCCCUACAGGCUGGGCCUCCCUAGAGAAUGUAAUCUGCCUCCCUGCUAUGUGAAGGCAAACCAGAGCCAUUUGUUCACCAGAUACCCAAUCUUUAAGGUCACACCUCCACAGUCUGCACUUGAUAUAAAACAGGCGUAAGCUAUUUAGCCCCAAGGGAGGGAAGAGUAGAUGGAUUAUUGGUCAAAGCACAGGCCUGGCAUGGGGGAGGGCAAUAAAAUGACCGCUGUUUGCCAGGGUUAGCCCCUGGAGGGCUGCUAUUGUUAUAUUUACCUGCGCUUCUGUUCCCAGCCCAUGGGAGCUGUGGGAAGUGGUGUGGACUGUGACAUCACUUCCCGCAGUUCCCAUUGGCCGGGAACGAUGAUCCGCAGCCAACAGGAGCAGCAAUCCCCUGUACCUGCGGAGGCGCAGGUAAAUAUAGCAGUGGCAGCCCACCAAGGGCUGAUCCUGGUGAUCCGGAUCCGGUCCACAGGCUGGUAUUUGCCCACCACUGCCCUAGGCGUAACCUCUCUGUGCCUCCGUUUCUCCCCAUCUGUGACAGGGGAGGGGGGUGAUAACACUUUCCCACCCAGAGAUGAAGUUGUUUCUGUAACACGUUUUGGCAGUGAGCCGUGCUGUGUAGUGUUAUCAACAGGGUUCUUUUUUAAAAGGAAUCCUUUUCAAGGGAGGCUGUGGGGGCUAGUGGUUAGUGUACUAGGUCAGGUCUCAGGGGACUUGGUUCUAUUCUGAGCUCAUCCACUGGCCUGCUGGGGAAGCCAGCCACUUCACCUCCUUGUGCCUCGGUCUCCCCGUAUACUCUCCUUUGUAAAGCACUUUGAGACCGAUUGAUGAAAGGUGCUAGGCAAGAGCUAGACAUGAUUUCUAUUUUAUUAUUAUUAAUCCUAGCUAAAGGAUCAGAUUUUGGCCCAAAAAGCAAGGUGCUCAAGCAGCAUGUGAAAAGGGAAAAUGCAGGGAAGAGCACAUAUGGCAUCCGUGCAGAUCUGUGACUCACCAGGUCUCCCUGCCCAAGUGCCUGGAUUUUGGUCUCCAUUCAGGCAUGAUGUCCUGUUUUCUGUUUUUCUUGGCCUAUGAGAUACAGCUGCAUCUUUAGGUGCUAAAGGCCGAAGGGCUGGACUAAGCUGCGCCCAUAACGUGGAAUUGACCCCUGAAUGUAGGAUUUUCAGUGAUCCCAGGAGCAGCCAGAGGGAAAGCUGCACAUUCCUACCUCUCGGGGGUGCUCCUUGGCACUUUUAGUUGAUGGGUGUGAGCAGCAGAAGCAUUUGCCACAUGAAACAUGGGCAACGCUUGUGGCAUUGGUGAAACCCUGGUUACCCCGGCAGUGACACUCACAAGAGGACAAGCAGCUGGCUGGGGCCAGAAGGGGACUGACGCCCCAAGGAGAAGUGGACCUCUCGCAUAUACCCCGACACGGACCAAGAUCCCUUCACGUACACCCAGACAUAGGUCAUGCUGCUGAAGGUUUAUGGCCCUGUGUGCCCAAAGCUACCUUAGAGGAAUGUUCGGAGAGGACCACAAAAACCCUGUUAAUUUAAAACAUUCCCCAAGUAAAAAGUUUGCUGUGA